AUGAAUAAGUGGACGGGAAAAGUUGCUGUUGUUACAGGAGCGUCAUCAGGAAUUGGAUCUGCUAUUGUCAAAGACUUGGCUAAACGUGGUGUAAAUGUUAUUGGACUAGCAAGACGAGUUGAGUUAAUCGAGGAAAUUUCGAAUUCCUUGGGAGAAGUCCUUGGUAUUAUCUAUCCUCGCUAUUGUGAUGUCUCUGAUUUAAAUUCGAUAAAAGAAACUUUUAAAUGGAUCGAAGAGAAAUUCGGAAUUAUAAAUAUUCUUGUCAACAAUGCUGGUAUUCAAUCAAGUACAGUGACUCUCGAUGAAUCCAAUGUUGGAACUGAAAAUAUUAAUAAAGUUAUUGACACAAAUUUCACUGGUGCUGUCCAUUGUGCUCGAGAAGGUAUUCGAUUGAUUAAGAAAUCAAAUGAUUAUGGUGUCGUAAUCAACAUCAACUCUGUUCUUGGACAUUCAAUACCUUUUGGAGAAUUCUCUCAUAGUGUCUAUCCUGCAACAAAAUAUGCUUUGAAAGCUAUUUCCGAAACAUUACGUCAGGAAUUAAUUGUACAAAAUAACAUGAAGAUUCGUGUCACUAACUUAAGUCCUGGAUGUGUUAAAACAAAUAUCUUUUUAGCUGCAGGAGUCGAUCCAAAUGCUGAUGUUUUCAAAGUUUUACCACAUCUAAAUGUUGAAAAUAUAUCUCAGGCUGUUUUGUACAUUCUUGAAGCUCCUUAUGGAGUCAAUAUCACAGAAUUGACAAUAAAACCUGUUGGAGAAAAAUUCUAG